AUGACCUCAGCCACCACAACACCCAUGCCCAACAUCGGCGGCCUUCUGGCCCCGUUGUUGCCUGCUUUGGUGCCGGCGAGCAUCUCCACCCAGCCCGCCAUCGGCGUCCUGCCCCUUCUGAGCCCCAUCCUGAGGCAGAGGGUCCAGCUUCUCUCAGAGUCAAGCACAGAGCCAUGGCUCCGUCUGCUUGCAUAUGAUACAGACAAGGCGGCGCGCCUGUUGGAGAUCGUCCAGAGCGGCAGGCUGGAACCGCAUCCCGUGUCGGGAGAGGUCGAGGUCGACUGGGAGUACGACGCGAAGACGAGGUACAGGCGACUCGACUUGGAAACCCUGCAGGCCUUCGUUGCCCUCGAGGAGCUUGAGUUGACUUUCCAGUUGGUCUACUGUGUCGGCGACAAGGACGGCGGCGGUGACGGCUGGAGGAUCGGCGAGGUUAGCGUUACCGACAAGGCGGCACCCUUUGGAACCUUUGGUGGCUACUCAACCAUCGCCGAGGCUGAGAAGGCGUACGCGGACGAUAAGUCCAAGGCGACCGCUUCGAAGGCACCGGCCAGCACAUUGCACAACGAUGUCCCGGACGCCGAUGACGAGGAGGACGACGGGUACUGGGACAGAUACGACGCCACUCCGGCGCGUACGCCAGCAAACGACUCCCCCGCCACCAAGCGCUCUCCCGCACCGCAUGUGCAGCGGCCAUCGCAGCUUGGCCAGUUCCGAGCUGACUCGGCCGAGGACGCGUACUAUGCACAGUACGAUUCAGUGCAGCCGGCGAUGGACGCCCACGACCCCGACGAAGAAGUGGAAGGCUUCGACGUUGCCCCUCCGCUGGGACUGGGCACCGUCGUCAGCCAAGACAAUUCGGAUAGGGGACUCAACGAGACGAACGGCUCCUGGACAUUGGCCGAGCCGCCGCGUUCGCCCUCACUCCACAGCCAUCAGGACGAGGACAGAGCAGCCAUGCUUCUUCACCCACGCCCAGCUUCGAGCGCAAGCAGCAACGGCAGCCGCCUGGUCGAGAAGCUAGAGGAGUCUGUGGGCAAGCAGGAGCAGAACGAGUUCGGCGUCAAGCAACACGUGUCGAGGAGCAUUCACAACCUCUUCCUGCUGGCGCGCUCCUCCGGUAUUGACAGGGAAGAAUUUGAACGGUUGGUGAAGACCGAGUUGGACGUCCUCGGCAUGAUUGAAGACAACGAGAUUUGA